AUGAUUAACGAACUGCCAUUCGACAGUUGCAACUGCUCUUGUGUCAAGUGCCUUUGCAACAAUCUCCUCAACAAUUUGCCUGCCCGCAAUGACGACAGCGAGAACUACACAAUGGAGGUCUCCCUGCAGUCCUGUUGCAGCAGCUCAUCCGCCGCCGCCACCUCGUCCUCUGCCAUGUCCGCCAACUGUGGCUGCGACUCCAAGUCAUGCUGCGGCAUCUCCUCCCUCUUCUCCUACCAGGACUUUGUCAUGUUCAUCCCCAACCUCCAAAAGACUCACAAUGAGCCAUUGGAGAACCUACUCAACUCUGUUUCCACCGUGCUUACCGUCAAGAUUGACAAUGUUACCAAGUUUGUCGAGAUCCAUACCAACUCCCAACGUUCAAUAUUCUCCAUCCUCGCCAUCUUUAAGAGCCUAAACUUGACCAUUGCCUCUAUCCAGUCCAAGGAGUGUCCAACACCUUCAUCACUCGACUCGCUGGACGACGACGACUACUUUGCUGCCGGUGAGCAGGCAUCCAAUGCCAACAACGUUGAGACCUCAUCCGACGAGGACGAAGACGAGAGGAUCUUCCAGAUCUCCGGUAUGGUGUGCGCCAUGGGCUGUGCUAAGAUGAUCGAAGCCAACUUUAGCCAACUGAACAAGGUCAAGAAGGCCAAGGUCAACUUCUCCGCCCAGACACUGCACAUUGUCGGCAGCAUCUCCAACGGCGCCAUCAUAAAGAAGGUCGAGAAGCUGGGCUUCAAGUGCCAGAAGAUCAACAAAGAACAAAUCCGGCUCGUGUCCCCAGUGGACAGCUCGCCAGUCUGCCUAAUGCCCGAGAAGAACACCGACCCACUUGACAAGGAAGCCAUCGAGAUGAUUGAGAUACCCGUUAAUGACAAUGGUGCUGGCGCCGACGCCAACACCCAGUCCGGCUUCCCCGAGAUCAAAGUAGAGCAAGCACCAACCGAACGCACAUCCAUCGUCAUUGGAGUCUAUGGCAUGACGUGCGCCUCCUGUGUCGGCAUUGUCGAGCACUCAAUCACCUCCAUCCCAGGUGUCAUUGAGUGUAGCGUCAACCUGUUGGCCGAGCGCGCUGAGGUCACCUACUUCCCCGACGUUGCCAAUGUUUCCAAGUUCCUGGCCAACUUGGCCGACUUGGGCUACGAGACCAAGGUCCUGCACACACCCAAGGUCGGCACUUUCUAUCUCGCCAUCGAGACACCAAAGGACGGCAUCAACGAGGUGUUGCUGGCCAUCGCUGGUGUGACCAGCGUCGAGACGGUCGACAGUGAGGGCGCCAGCCACUUGGUUCUCAAGGUCGAGGCCGAUGCCAUCGUCGUGGGACCACGUACCGCCAUCAGAAAGCUCCAGGAGCAUGGCGUCGUUGCAACCCUGCACGAGCCUGACUCUGAUGACGCCAAGGACUCUUUGCUGCGCAAGCGUGAGAUCCACAAGUGGCGCUUCCUCUUCCUGUUCUCCAUCGUGUUCACCGUGCCACUGAUCAUAAUUGCAAUGAUUCUCGUCCCCGCCAACGUUGGCUUCCUCAAGAAGGAGAUCACAAUGGGCCUGGCCGUCGAGUCGCUCGUUGGUUUCCUCCUUGCCACUCCCGUCCAGUUCUACACUGGCUGGCAGUUCUACCGUGCGUCCUGGGGCGCACUCAAGCACUUCCAUGGUAACAUGGACUUGCUUGUGUCGAUCGGAUCAUCAGCCGCCUACAUCUACUCCUUGCUGUCCAUCAUCCUGUCCAUGGUCAACCCCGAGUACAUGGGCAUGCACUUCUUUGAGACGUCCGCCUCGCUCAUUACCUUCAUCACUUUGGGCCGCUGGUUGGAGAACAUUGCCAAGGGUCACACCUCUUCCGCCAUCGUCAAGCUCAUGAACCUGCAGUCCAAGGACUGUAUGCUCAUCAAUGCCAAGUACGACGAGGACACCAAGGCCUUUGAGGUCAUCUCUGAGGAGGUCAUCCCCACAAGCCUCAUCCAAUAUGGUGACGUGCUCAAGGUCAUCCCAGGAGCAUCCGUGCCAACUGAUGGUGAGGUCAUCUACGGCAGCACCUCGAUCGAUGAGUCCAUGUUGACUGGUGAGUCCAUCCCAGUCACCAAGAAGCCAGGCGACUCUGUCACCGGUGGCACGCUCAAUCUCGAGGGAGCCAUCUUCUUCCGUGCCAACAAGGUCGGUUCUGAGUCCACCCUGUCCCAGAUCAUCUCGCUGGUCCAACAGGCCCAGACCUCCAAAGCACCAAUCCAAGCUCUUGCUGACAAGAUCUCCAAGGUGUUCGUCCCCUUCAUCGUCCUCGCAGGACUUGUCACCUUUGGCAUCUGGAUGGCCCUCGGCGCCACCAACUCCUACCCAGAGAAGUGGAGAAACGGUAACUCAUCGUUCCUCUUCUCCUUCCUCUCAGCCAUCUCUGUCAUUGUCAUUGCCUGUCCAUGCGCACUCGGAUUGGCUACACCAACCGCUGUCAUGGUGGGCACUGGUGUCGGCGCACAGAUGGGAAUCCUGAUCAAGGGAGGCAAGGCACUUGAGAGCGCUCACAAGACCUCCGCCGUCCUCUUCGACAAGACCGGUACCCUCACCACUGGCAAGAUGACCGUCACUGACUACACCUCCACCUCGCAGGAGGCAGAUCACUUGAAGAAGUUCUUCAUGAACGUCGGUGCCGCCGAGAGUGGAUCAGAGCAUCCAAUUGGCAAAGCAAUCGUCAAGUACUGCAAGGACAAGCUCACAGAUGGCCGCGAGGAGAGUGACCUCCAGUUCCCAAUGGUUGCCGAUUUCAAGGGCAUCCCAGGUCGUGGACUUGUUUGCAGCUUGGAGAACGACAAGAUCCUCAUUGGCAACCUCAAGUUCAUGAAGGAGAGCGACGUCAAGGUCGACCAGAAGUACGUUGACAUUGCCCAAGACAAUGAGACCAAGGGCAAGACCGUCAUCUACGUGAUGUAUGGUGGCGAGUUCCAGGGCAUCAUGUCCAUCUCUGAUGUGCCCCGUGAGGACUCGAAGCACGCCGUCAAGAAGCUCCACUCACUUGGCUUGAAGUGCUACAUGGUCACUGGUGACAACCGUCGUGCCGCCGCAUUCAUCGCCCAAGAGGUUGGCAUCCCCGCCGACCACAUCUUCUCAGAGGUCGUGCCCAAGGAGAAGGCCGACAAGGUGCGCCAGCUCCAGGAGGAGGGCAACGUUGUCUGUUUCGUUGGUGAUGGUGUCAAUGACUCCCCCGCCCUGUCCCAAGCCGACAUUGCCGUGUCCGUUGCCACUGGAACUGACAUUGCCAUCGAGUCGUCAUCCAUCGUGUUGCUCAAGAACUCCCUGACCGACGUGUACCGCUCCAUCCAUUUGUCGCGUGUGGUCUUUAGAAGAAUCCGCAUCAACUUCACACUUGCCUUGGUGUACAACCUCUGUGCCGUCCCACUUGCCGCCGGAGUCUUCCUCCUCAUCUUUGGAGUUGAGUUGCCACCAAUGGCUGCUGCCGCUGCCAUGGUUGUCAGUUCUCUCUCUGUGCUCAGCUCAUCACUCUUGCUCAAGCUUUACAGACCACCAAAGUAA